AUGAAAGCUGAAGCUGAAGACUUUGGUCCAAAGGAAGGAGGAGUAGGUGGAGUAAGAAAAAUGGCGCGCAAGAAGAUCAGAGAGUACGACUCCAAGAGGUUGUUGAAGGAGCACUUUAAGAGACUCUCUGGCAAGGAGUUGCCGAUCAAGUCUGCACAAAUUAAUGCAUCAACUGAUUUCACUGAGCUACAAGAGAAGGAACCUUGGCUUUCAUCUUCUAAAUUGGUCGUGAAACCUGACAUGUUAUUUGGAAAGCGUGGCAAAAGCGGUUUGGUUGCUUUGAAUUUGGAUUUUGCACAGGUUGUUUCAUUUGUUAAAGAACGUCUUGGAAAAGAGGUCGAGAUGAGUGGAUGCAAAGGACCCAUAACAACUUUCAUCGUUGAACCUUUCAUCCCACACAAUGAAGAGUUUUACCUUAACAUUGUCUCUGAGAGACUUGGGAACAGCAUAAGCUUUUCUGAAUGUGGAGGAAUUGAAAUUGAAGAUAACUGGGAGAAGGUUAAGACUGUAUUUGUUCCAACUGGAGUGUCUAUUACAUCAGAAAUUGUUGCCCCGCUUGUUGCAACCCUUCCCUUGGAGAUCAAGGGAGAGAUUGAGGAGUUUCUCAAAGUGGUUUUCACUCUGUUUCAAGAUCUGGAUUUCACUUUCUUAGAGAUGAAUCCUUUCACAUUGGUUGAUGGAAAGCCUUAUCCUUUGGAUAUGAGAGGCGAGCUAGAUGACACUGCUGCUUUCAAGAACUUCAAGAAAUGGGGAGACAUUGAAUUUCCACUGCCAUUUGGAAGGGUUAUGAGUGCUACCGAGUCUUUCAUUCAUGGAUUAGAUGAAAAGACAAGUGCAUCUUUAAAAUUCACUGUGUUGAACCCAAAGGGCCGAAUUUGGACAAUGGUAGCUGGGGGAGGUGCUAGUGUCAUCUAUGCUGAUACGGUAGGAGAUCUUGGCUUUGCAUCUGAGCUUGGAAACUAUGCUGAAUACAGUGGUGCUCCCAAAGAAGACGAAGUCUUACAGUAUGCCAGAGUUGUAAUUGAUUGUGCAACUGCAAACCCUGAUGGCCAAAAGAGAGCUCUUGUGAUAGGAGGAGGCAUAGCCAACUUUACUGAUGUUGCUGCUACAUUUAGUGGUAUAAUUCGGGCACUGAAGGAGAAGGAGUCAAAAUUGAAAGCAGCAAGGAUGAACAUCUAUGUCAGGAGAGGGGGACCCAACUACCAGAAGGGUCUAGCUUUAAUGCGAGCACUUGGAGAGGAGAUUGGCAUUCCCAUUGAGGUUUAUGGACCUGAAGCCACAAUGACUGGUAUAUGCAAAGAGGCAAUACAAUUCAUUACUGCUUCUGCUUAA